UUGACAUUUCUAUUUUUAUUUUAAAAUAGAGUAUUCAUCUGACCAAAGUAUUUCAAGUUCCAAUUAUUAUGAGUAGCGAUGAGCUGGGACAAUUUCAUCUGAACGUUUAUACUGCAAUUAAAAGCGAACUCUUACAGGACAAAAUAAAAAAUGGUUUGCCUCCGUUUAAGCUGUCUCCAAAGGACAGCUACAAUCCGAGCUAUACGAAUUUAGUAUUGCCUUAUCGAGUAAUAUGCCGCCAAAGGUAUCACCUAGCGGGCGUCAAACAAAAGGCUCAAUUUAUAAGAGAAAUUAGAGAUCAUGAACUUCUGCAGUCGAAAGCUUUAGACGGUGUUCGAAUCCACCGAGAAUUCUGCAAUCCCGUUUUAAGUAAGCCAAAGCCAAAUGAAAUGAUCAGACUCACCGACAAGCAGAAAAUGAAAAUUGAGGAGAUUUUAGCCCGAAACUAUUGAACUGUCUUUAGAAAAUAAAGGUUUUUGUAAUCUGUGAAAAAUAAAAUUUCUUUUGUCCUUA